AUGGGUGGAUUUUCGAUAUUCUCUCGAAAUACGAAGCCAAUAUAUGCGAAAGUGAGUACGAUGGAUGCAGAUUUAGAGAAGAUUGUAAUCGAGAAAACAUGGACUGGAAGACAUUUAUUCGAAGCAGUUUGUCGAAUUAUUGGACUACGAGAAACGUGGUAUUUCGGAUUACAGUAUACGAAUAAGAAGAAUAUUCCGUGUUGGUUGCAGAAUGAUAAAACGAUCUGUGGCCAAGACGUGCAAAAAGAUCCCUCUGAUGCAAGUUUCCAUUUUCUCUUCCUUGUAAAAUUCUAUCCAGAAGACGUCGAACCGGAGAUUAUUCUAGAUGUCACUCGACAUUUGUUUUUUCUUCAAAUUCGAGAAGCAAUUCUUUCGAUGAAUUUAUACUGUUCGCCAGAGGCAUCUGUGUUGUUGGCAAGUUUUGCAGUGCAGGCGAUGCACGGCGACUGUACAGAAGAAGUCGGACCCAUCGAUCUGGAUAAGCACUUACCAAAAAGUGUGAUAGAUCAGUAUGAUAUGAGUGCAGAUAUGUGGAGAGAUCGAAUUAAAAGAUGGUGGUCUCGAAAUGCAGGACAAUCAAGAGAGGAAGCGGAGUUGGAGUAUUUGAGGGUGGCUCAGGAUCUCGAAAUGUAUGGAAUACUCUAUUAUCCCAUUUGCAACAACAAAGAAACAGACCUACAUCUUGGAAUAUCAGCACAAGGAUUGGGGAUUUACAAGGGUGUCAAUCGGAUAACACCUCGACCGUUUUUCAGUUGGAGUGAGAUCAAAAAUAUUCAAUUUAAGAAUAAAAAGUUCCACAUGAAAACCGUCGACAAAUCGACAAUAUCUUUCCGAUCACGAGAGACAUCGAUCGAUUCUUCAAUUCUUGAUUUAUGUAUUGGAACUCAUAAUCUAUAUUUGAGAAGGAGGCAACCAGACACUCUAGAGGUUCAACAAAUGAGAUCACAAGCGAAAGAAGACAAGCAGAGGAGGUCAGCCGAACAAGCGAAGAUGGCAAUUGAAAGGAAGGAGAGGCAACAAAUGGAAAAAGAAUGCAAAGAACUGAAACAACAAGUGGAAUUGAUGACAAUGGAACUCAUGAAAGCGCAGGAAAAUAUACGAAAAGCUGAGGAAGCGAACGAUCAGUUGGCUGAGAAAGCGAGGCAUUCGGAGCAUGAGACUCUCAUGUUGUACAAACAGAAAUCAGAAGUCGAGGCAGAAUGUAAUCGUCUGAGUAUGAACAAUAUGAAGUCAGAAGAAGCUCUACUCCGAAUGGAACGAAAAGCGAGAGAAGCAGAGAUUCUGGCGAAACAAAUGUCAAUGUCAUUGGCUGAUGUGAGUCUCGAUGCGAAUCGAAAAGUGACACAAUACUCAAGUCAGACUGCUCUUGUUAUAGAUCCGAGUUGGCACCAACAACAACCAACACAAUCUGGACAUUCUUCUGGUCAUCCUGGGAUGACUACCACCGGAUCUUACCAUCAAUUACAGUCACUUGAUAGCAACGUCCACCCGCAACAAAUGAUGUCUCGUAGUCUAAACAUGCCAUCAUCCGCCUUCUCCUCCCCGAUUCCAUCCAAUUCCCCACCGAAUCAACAACCUCCACAUCAACAACAUCAGAAUCCUCCCCAACAGACACAGAUUCCACCUUCAGGCAACAAUCCACAUCAUCAUCCACUUCAGACUCAGAAUCAGAACCAUCAGAAUCAGGGAACAGGUGGAGGUGGUGGAGGACAGUCUCAUCCGAAUCAACAGCCACCUUAUUAUGGGAGUGGAUUGAUUGUUCCUCCGCCGGAUCCGUCGAUUAGUCAGAUAUUUGAACAGCAGACGAUUCUGAUAGAGUUGGAGAAAUCGAGAAACGAAUACGAAAAACGAGCUCGGAUAUUUAAAGAGCAUCUCGAAGAGCUCCGAGGUGACAUAGACGGACUGAAACGAGAUGAGAAUGUCCAGCAGAAUGGAAAUAUCCAACAACAACAUCGAGAGCAUGACGCGAUUCAUGCGCAAAACGUGGCACAUGGAUUCGAUAAGUUUACGACGAUGAGAAUGAGUAUGCGAGGAACUCCACGACAACGAGCACAAGCUUUCGACGGCAUGUAA